AUGUGUCAAAGGUCAAAAAGACGACGUUCCAGGGGACGAAGUGUCAAUGAUGCAGAAAAGCGGCAAAAGCUUAUCCGGAAGAACUUGAGUACAGCAUCAUCAUCGUCUCAAGGCGUUGGUUACGGGCGGGGCUCAACAAAAAGCCAGUGGAACAUAAGCAAGACGGUUGAAGAGCGCCUCUUAAAGGAAGAACAACUUAUAUGGCUACUUAACGCGUUGACAGCUUAUAUUUAUCAUUUUACCACACCAAACUAUUUGCAUUAUAUGGAAAAUCAACCAGUUCACUUAGGACCAACGGUGGUAAAAGAAAUUGGUGAAUCGGCAGUUAUUGAACUUUUGGAAUAUCAUUUGAACAACGAUAGCGUUUUUGACAUCAGCGAACACAUGGAGUUGUAUCAAACACUAUUUGAGGCGGCAGCAGUAAUGUCAAUGGUACCCGGCUUAGUGCCUUAUUUGAUUUAUCCUAAAAAAAGGGAUUCAAAAUCCAUCGCCAAAAAUUUAGCUGUACGUUUGUAUAAUACAAUGGCAUCUUAUGAAGGAGCUUACCGUACUCAGCUUGGCUCUCCAGAUUUUCAAUUAACUCAGUUUAUAACCAAAAUAAAACUUUACGUCCAGGCAGCUCACGACUAUGAAAGCAAUAUCCCAUUUGAAAACCAAGUACCGUCAAUAGCAAUGUGCGAAACUCCCGAGCUUCAUGUUGUUGAAGAAGAAAAACCUGUUCCAUCACCACCGAUACCAAAAGAGGUGUUUGUUGAACAAGCUUCAGAUGUAGAACAGUUGUACGAGAAGGAGUUAAAGUUUUUCGACGAAAAUGGAGAACUUAUCGUACCAUUCGCUUUUCGGAAAGAAGCAAAAAAUCUUAACCCGUUUUCCGAGACCAACAAAGAGCGCACUAAACGAAUCGCAAAAGAAUUAGCAUCAAUGCCGAAUACAUUACCAUUGCAUGCCAGUAACAGUAUUUACGUCUGCGUCGACGAAGCACGUUGUGAUAUACUAAAGGUUCUUAUAUCUGGCCCCGACGAUACUCCCUACCAAAAUGGUCUCUUUGAAUUCGAUGUAUUCUUUCCAACAAACUAUCCACAUUCACCGCCAAAAUGUGAAUUCCUUACCACUGCUGACGGCAAAGUUAGGUUCAAUCCAAAUUUGUAUAGCGACGGAAAAAUAUGCUUGUCUGUGCUAGGUACUUGGGAGGGCCGUCCAGAAGAAAAGUGGAACCAGUACUGUUCGCUUUUACAAAUAUUAAUCAGUAUUCAGGGAUUGAUAUUCUCAAAAGAACCCUAUUACAACGAGCCUGGGUACGAAAAACACCAAAAAACAGAAAAAGGAAGAACUCACUCAAAAAAAUAUAACUUGCAAAUUGAGCAAGCCACCUUUUUAUAUGCCAUUAUGGAACAAUUGGAACGUGGACCAAAGUACUUUCAGGAAGUGAUUAAGCGACAUUUCUGGAUUAAAAGGCAAGCAAUAAUUGACCAGGCUCAACAACUUAUUGUUAAAUUACGCGAAGAGUAUGAAGAAAUUGAAAAGUCGAAGAAGAGAGGCCAUGCCGGUUCAUGUGCAACAAUGUCGUACAGACAACUUCAAACUAACAUAAUUUCAAAUUCUAAGCAAAUUUACAGAGAAAACUCAGAUAAAUCUGAAAAAAACUAUACAUUGAAAGUUCAUGGGAGAAAAAACAGCGUCCCUGAAUGA